AUGAUGCGAGCUCAAGGUCAAACUGAACAGUCAGAUGAACCACUGGUACCUCUUAUUUCUCCUCCUCCAGUACUCCAAGAACCAGUUGAAGAACAACAACCACCUCAAGAGCAACUUCCAGUUGAGUAAGUAGUUAAGCAAAUGAUCAAUACUAGAAACCGACUCGAACCGAUUUUACUGUUUUCAUAUUAAUUUUUAAGA